AGGAGCCGAGGCCCGAACGCGACCCCAAGACCCUCCCUCCUGCCGGGGACGUCCAUGGUAGUUCAGCGCCUCGGAAGUGUCCCAAUAGACACUCCCACGAAUCUGUGAAGGGCUGAGGAGGAACUCUGGUGGCACGACAAUGGCGCCCGACAAAGACAGAGGCGCAGCCCUCAAAGAGAGGGAGAAUGUGCGAGUGGUGGUGAGGGUUCGACCUCUCAGCGAUAAGGAGAUUCACAGUGGUCACAAGAGCAUGGUCGAGACAGAUGACAUGAACUGCUCUCUCAUUGUUACCAAUCCCUCGGCACAGUCAGGAGAACCUCCCAAGGUGUUCACGUUUGAUUCAGUCUUUGGUGCCGAUUCUAAACAGGUGGAUGUGUACAACCUGGCUGCACGCCCAAUUGUAGAGAACGUACUGGAAGGAUACAACGGCACAAUCUUCGCCUACGGGCAGACGGGGACGGGGAAGACUUUCACCAUGGAAGGCGUGAGAUCGGUGCCGGAGCUGAAGGGUAUCAUCCCCAACUCCUUCGCUCACAUUUUCGGACACAUUGCCAAAGCAGAGGAGGACAAAAAGUUCUUGGUACGAGUUUCAUACUUAGAGAUUUACAACGAAGAAGUACGGGACCUGCUGCGCCAGGACCAGUCCAUGCGCCUGGAGGUGAAGGAGCGCCCAGAUGUGGGUGUCUAUGUUAAGGACUUGUUAACACAUGUUGUACAUAAUGCAGAUGAAAUGGACAAAAUCAUGACGCUCGGAAACAAAAAUAGGGCUGUCGGAGCAACCAACAUGAACGCACACAGUUCACGAUCACACGCAAUCUUCACAAUUACCAUAGAGUGUGCUGAGAGAGGUAUGGAUGGACAACAGCAUUGGAGAGUUGGGAAGCUUCAUCUUGUAGAUCUUGCUGGUUCAGAGCGACAGAGCAAAACAGGAGCAACAGGUCAGAGACUGAAAGAAGCUAGUAAAAUUAAUCUGUCCCUUUCAACGCUGGGAAACGUAAUAUCGGCUCUGGUGGAUGGAAGGUCGACACAUAUACCUUACCGAAAUUCUAAGUUGACAAGACUUCUACAAGAUUCUUUGGGAGGCAACUCAAAAACAUUGAUGUGUGCAAAUAUAGGACCAGCCAGUUACAACUAUGACGAGACAAUCAGCACAUUGCGCUACGCCAAUCGAGCAAAGAACAUCUGCAACAAAGCCAAGAUUAAUGAGGACCCGAAGGAUGCUCUUCUGCGGCGACUCCAGGACGAGAUAAAGACGCUGAGAGGUCAACUUGAAGAUGAAUCUGAGGAGGAAGAUUCAGAUGAAGAGGAAUUGGAAGGGGAGGAAAAGCCAAAGAAAAAGAAGAAGAAAUUGAAGGAAGAGGAGGUGGCUGCCAUCCGCAAGAAGAUCGAGGAGGAGCGGAAGAUGUUAUCGGAAAGGAAGGACCUGGAGGAGGAGGAGAGGAACAAGGUGAAGAGCGACUUGGAUAGACAUGAAAAGGAGCUGAAGAAGGCCCAGAAAGAACAGGAAGCCUUGAAACAGCGGUUACAAGGACUAGAACGCAAAAUUCUCGUCGGCGGUGAAAAUUUAUUGGAGAAAGCAGAGGAGCAGGAGAGACUCUUAGAAGAAUCGGCCAAGGAGCUUGAGGAGAGGAGGCGGCACGAAGAACAGCUCCGACAUGCCAUCACGCAGAAGGAGGCAGAGAGAAUUGACCUUGAAGAAAGGUAUACCACCUUACAAGAAGAGAAUGCCGGCAAGACCAGAAAGCUUAAAAAGGUGUGGACUCUCCUGAUGGCCGCCAAGUCAGAGCUGGGAGAUAUGCAGGCGGAACAUCAACGGGAAAUGGAGGCUCUUCUGGAGUCCGUGCGACACUUAUCUCGGGAACACAAGUUGCAUCAGCUGAUCAUUGAUUCUUUCAUUCCGUUGGAGUAUCAGGACAUGGUUGAGCGUUAUGUUCACUGGAAUGAAGACAUAGGGGAGUGGCAGCUGAAGUGCGUUGCAUACACAGGGAACAACAUGAGGAAACAGUUGGACAAUGGUGAUGCAGAAAAGGAGAAUCAGAACCAAGAUGGGGACAUGUGGCAGGUCUACAAGACAUACAGUCCUGAGGUGUACACAAAACCUGCUGCCAAACCCCUCAGAAAGAAAUCGGGCAUUCCAAGACCCAAACAUGCCAGGUCUGCUAGGAAGUAUGACAAGUAGUGUCAACUCCUUUAUCAGAGGGCUUGGUUUCCAAAGGUGAUAUAGAUUUUUGUGGUGUGAAGACUAAGUAUUGGCAGGGGAGUUAUGAGCCAGUUUAUUUCCCGCUGUGAGAAGUAAAUUGUAUUAUUAUAUUGUAUAGCAAGAAUAGCACACUGUGUAUCUUAUUGGAACUGAAGAGUGUGUAUGGAAAUGAGCUUUAUAAGUGGUAGUAUAAUAAACCAAAAUAGAGUAGGAGAUGGAGAUGGAAAUCCCAACUUUUUUUUUUUAAGGAUGAAAGUUUUGUUUUUUUUAUCUCAGAAGUUAUUGUGGAUGAAGGAAGGUCAGAUCUUUGGGUAGGAUUACUGAAUUUUUCAAAGUAAAAUCAACUGCCAUAGGGCAUCAUUAGCACUGUUCAUUAUUUUGCAAGGUGACAUGAUUGUAUAUUUGGACAGAUGUGUGUCUGUGUGUGCUUGUCCUUUUGCAGUUACUCUAUAUCUGAAUCUCUCAUCAACUGAAAGAGUCACAGCCUGUAUGCUGACAAAUAUAACACUUGCAGCAUGUGUGUAUCUGUAUGAGAGCUUAUUUAUGUAUAUUUGUAAUGGGAUUCUGUUUUUUUUUUUCUGUUGUAUCAUUUUAGUAUCCCAACUUAGUAAGAAAGGUAAUAGAUUGAAGGAACAGGAAUGCAUUUCAAAAUGCCAUGAUUAAAUAGAGCAGAGGCAGAUUUGUUGAUACAGAUUUAAGAGAACUUACUAGUCAGUAAUGCUUUUGUAUGAUUUUUUUAAAAAGGGUUGUAGCUAUGUCAUCUCUUUACAGUCUUUUCCAUUAUUUAUUUUCAUCAUUAGUGCCCUUUGUAUUUACUUUUCUUCCUUUUGUAUGAUAUGGUAAAUAUAGGUGUGUGAAAUAAUAGAUUCUUACUUCGGAGAAAACUGCCGAAGAGAGCACCAUCACUCACGUUCUGAGAUCAGACAUCCUGUCUUUACAAUAAGGAUUUUUCCCACUGUAGUGCAUAAUACUGUUUAUAGAGAUGGGAAAGAACAAGUGUAUUCAUCCUGUUCCAUUUGGAUGUCUCUCACAAGAGCCAUGACAUGUCAUUGCAUUCCUCUUUUAAGUGUUUCCAUAUCUAGUCAUACCACAUAGUCACAUCUUUUAUGACAUGAUUUAUUUUAUUUUUAUUUAUUUAUCAUAAUUGUUUUAUUUCCUCCAUACAUAACAGUUUUCACAAGUAGAUCAGAGUAUAUGUCUUUUGUGUGUAGUUGUAUGUAUGCUUGAAGAAGGCCAGAAGGUUCCUUAAACUCAUGUAAAAGGCAUUUAUUUCUUGUUUCUAAUUCACUUUGUAGCUAUAUAUCUCUUAUUUAUCUUCCUCCCUCUCUCAAAAGUAUUUGCAUUAUGGUCAUAAGGAGCCCAAGAGAGAGGGAAGUAUUUGCAAAAUACAUUUUGUCCUUUUGUUUUAGGAAAAUCCAGUUUGUGCAGCAUAAAGGGGGUAUCGUAUGAGUAAAAAAGUGUACACCAGUAGAAUUGGUGAAUACUAUAAUUUUGACUUUAUGAGAAUUAUAAUGAGAGAUGGGACUAUGCAAUAACACCAUCUUUCAUGUGGGGAGUAAGGGGUUCCAGUUAUACUUUAGGGAACAUUUUCUUUCUUUAAAUGAAUGUGCAAAGAAAAUGAGCUGGCAGUAGAAAUAGAUCUGUCUUUUAGGUGGAUAUUAGAUAUCAUGGGCUCUUGUAAAGUGUGUGUUUGGCAGGCCAGUUGCUCUGUAGGUAGCAGAGCCUGAAAACAAGUUUGGCACAUGUACAUACUACAUACUAACCUUGAAAAUGGGAUGAAAUUACAGUCAGCAUCACAUGAAAAAUGAUAGUCCUAUAUGAAGGAAAGUGUGAUACCCCUCUUUAAUUUAAUCCUGCUUUUAGUGCAGCUAUCCCAGACCUGAGAUUGCUAUGCACAGGUAGACCAUUAUUAUGAUGUGCACAAAUUGAACUUAUUAUUAUUACUUUUUUUUUUUUAAUAAUUUCUUAUAAUGGUUGAUGAAUGCAAGACAGUUCCUAUCUUUGGAGAAUGUUUGGGUCACAUAUAUCAUUUGAGAAGAAAGAAAUUGAUGGAGUAAAUGGCCAAAAUAUCUGUUGAUACUUUUUUUUUGUAUUCUAUAUUUGCCUUUUUUUCUAAUAUUUGUAAAGCUUAUAGCUGGAAAAUGCAAUUAUGAUUCUUUAAAAGUAAUGUUAUUUCAAGAUGAAGGUAAUAGCAGCUGUGAUAAUUUUGGUUCAGGUUAUGUUAGCAUAUUAUGCUUUAUUUAGAUUUGUAGUUUUGUUUCAGGAUCAUUUAUACUGUGCGUAUGAAGGUAUGCACUCUGUAUCUUAGUUAUUUAUUGAUAAGUGAACUCUGCGGUUUCAUACUAUGUAGUUCACUUGCUUCUGUAAUGACAACUUCAUUGAGAUUGUAUUUGUCAGCAUAUACAUGGUCACAUAAUGGUGGAUAAACCCUAAAAACAUAAAGGUACUUUGUUCAGUCCACUCUGCAAAGACUUCAUAUUUGUAUUGUAGAUAAUGCUCAGGUUCUGUGUUAACUCUUGAAGUGGGUUUCUCAAGUGAACUUGCCCUGUAUAUCCAGAAGUUAUUGUAAAGCAUAAGGUAAUUACUCUAGCUGUUAUUGAUGGAUAGAGUAAGCACAAAAACAUUUCCAUUUGGCCUUAUACCAUAUAAGCCACAGGCCCCCAAAUGUCUGUGAUUAACUUAAGAUGCGAUUCUCUUUAGGUGACCAAGUGUAUUCUGAGGACAUCUUUCAUAUAGUAGUCUGUAUAGUGUAAAAUGAGAAUCACAAGCAUGUUUAUUGAUGUAAAAAUAUAUAUAGUCCCAGAUGAUUGUAAUUAAGCGAUUUUUUGGAAUUUAAUUUACAUGAACCUAGUGUAUGGUAAUGAGCAUGAAUGGAAAGUGGAAUCAUGUAUAGAUAUAUAAUUAUGAGAUAGGCUGUGAUCUAAGAAAAAGAAAAACCAAAAAAACAACAACAGCUAAUUAGACAGGUUUACAUGCUCAUUUUUCCAGUUGCUUAGUGAUAAUUUUGUUCCUUUGUACUUACAGAAAUGAAGAUUGUAUGUAAAAUUGAUCUAAAGAAAUUUAUGCACUACAGAAAGUUGCAAGAACAAUUCUUUAAUCAUGUCUCAAUUUGCAAAUUUUGAUUGGAACAUAUGUUUCCAGUCCCAUUUCAUUGCUGUGCUUCAUGAUUAAGUGAUUUUAGUCUCCAAAUAGGAUGAACAAAGCUGUAAUCAUAACUUGCCACUUUUCACAGGAAUGCAGAAUGUACACCAAGUUACUUAAAGUACUUAUCUGAUGAUAAAUCUGUAAUCAGAUGAGAAACUUAUCGCAGUCCUAACUCACUUUAAUGAUAAACUUAAUAUUUUUCCUUUAUCUUUGAUGUUUCUUUGGUGUUCAUAUCUUUGCUUGUGUUUCAUUACUUUUUAAUCUUUUAUAUUUUUGUAAUGUACCCUCUAUUUAGCUUGACAAAAUUAUUGAGUUUUGCCAAUAGUGAAGUACCUAUACAAGUUGAAGAUAUUAGAAGUAUAAAUUAAAUUAUUUGUUUACGUUAUGUAUGUAUUUAUGAUGGACAGAAAUAUAUACAGCCUAAAGAUUUUAUCAUAUGACACUUGAAAAUUUGAUUGUCAUCCCUUUACUAAAGAAUUAAUUAUGUCAUGUAGUUAGUAAUAUAAACCGCUUUGAAUUUUUCCAUAGUCUCAAGUUAAAUGAUUCCAUUAGUAUGUUAUUAUGUACUGAUAUAUUUUAAAAUUAAUAAUCUUACCAAUUGGUAUGUGAUGGUUUUAUAUCAUAAUCUUUAGGCUUUAAACAAUAGUCAGUUUGUUUCACUACAACUCAAGGGUACUAAUGUUCAUGUUAGAUAAUUCUUUAGAAGUUUUGUUUGGAGGAAAUAAUGUACAACUGUAAAGAUGUCCAAGACAAAAAUAAAAUUUGGAAAAGUUA